AUGCUAAAGCAACUACUUCAAGGGCAAGCUGAUGGGGUAGUGGACACAAGCAAGAAGCUAGCUGAAAUAAACUCUAAGAUCGAGAACCUCAACACAAGGGUUUACUCUCUGGAGAAUCAUGCUUCUUCUGUUGCUGCUGCUACAAAGCAAGGACAACUACCUGGUAAAGCUAUUCAGAACCCCAAGGAACAGUGCAAGGUCAUCUUCACUCAAGAAGGACUUGUUGAAGAAGAGGAUCAAGAAAGGGUCAUUGAAGAUUUUUGUUUACUGCUGAAUGAUGAAGAGAUUGUUGCUGCUGAGGCUCCUGGAGUCCAGAUUGAUCAACCAGAAGUGCAUGCACCUACUGUGGCCAUUCACACUUCACCAGUUGAGCUCGCACGACAAGCUCGAUCGGCAGCUCGAUCGAGUCCAACUCUAGCUCGAUCGAGUCCGACCUCUUCUGUCCGACAGCCUGUUUUGCUUGAUCCUUAUCAACCGGUUGCCGCUUCCUCGUCUCGCCUACUUAGUCAAGGUCACAAGGAAGUGAUUCACAAGUUCAGAAGAGAUCUCAGUGGGAUUGGAAUUGAGUUGCCUCCUAUGGAUAGCAUGAGUGAGGCAUUUGAUCAAAUGCAAAUGGUCAAGGAUGUUCUAGCCAACAGUGAUAAAGUUUCAGAGGUCCUACAAGAGUCUACUCAUCAGUUCAACCUGCUUACUUCACCCACCUUCCUACCAAAGGUCAAGAUCAAGGGAAAUUCACUCUCCCUUGCACACUUGGGCAUCUUGAGAUUGACAAUGCCUUAG